GCUGCGCAGGCCGGUGCCGGGCGGGCGCCCUCGCCGGUGGGGCGGGCGGAAAGGAGGGGGGACUCCGCGCGGAGCCGGGCGGCGGCACGCCGGGUUACAUGGCGCGGCGCUGAGGGACCGCCGGCGGCACAGCACGACGAGGAGGAGGCGCCGCCAGCUCUGCUCCGGACUUAAAAUGGCAGCAGAAGAUUCCUACAUUAUGGGAGUAUCUGAUCCCCAAAUGUUUACGGUGGAUCAGUUCAUGGGAAUGAAUGCUUUAUUUAACAGCACGAAUUACAUCACUGCAGACUUACCACUACGAACAGCAGAUGGACCAUAUCUUCAAAUCAUAGAACAGCCAAAACAGAGGGGAUUUCGUUUCCGAUAUGUAUGUGAAGGGCCUUCACACGGUGGACUUCCUGGUGCCUCUAGUGAAAAGAACAAAAAAUCAUACCCUCAAGUCAAAAUCUGCAAUUAUGUUGGACCUGCAAAAGUGAUUGUCCAGUUAGUGACUAAUGGGAAAUACGUCCACUUGCACGCUCACAGCUUGGUGGGUAAAUUCUGCGAAGACGGAGUGUGCACGGUUAUUGCAGGACCCAAGGACAUGGUUGUAGGGUUUGCAAAUCUUGGAAUACUUCAUGUCACAAAGAAGAAGGUGUUUGAAACUCUGGAAACACGCAUGAUAGAUGCUUGCAAGAAGGGAUACAACCCAGGACUCCUGGUGCAUCCAGAACUCAGCUAUCUGCAGGCUGAAGGAUGUGAAGACAGGCAGCUAACUGAACGGGAAAGAGAAAUCAUCCGCCAGGCAGCCAUACAGCAGACCAAGGACAUGGAUCUCAGCGUGGUGCGGCUCAUGUUCACAGCCUUCCUUCCCGACAGCAAUGGCAGCUUCACACGGAGACUCGAUCCCGUAAUAUCGGAUGCAAUAUAUGACAGCAAAGCUCCCAAUGCCUCCAACCUAAAAAUUGUAAGAAUGGACAGAACAGCAGGGUGUGUGACAGGAGGGGAAGAGAUUUACCUGCUCUGUGACAAAGUUCAGAAAGAUGAUAUUCAAAUACGUUUCUAUGAAGAGGAUGAGAAUGGCGGUAUGUGGGAAGGCUUUGGAGAUUUUUCUCCUACGGAUGUACAUAGACAGUUUGCUAUUGUGUUCAAAACACCCAAAUACCGAGAUGUCAAUAUCACAAAGCCAGCAUCUGUGUUUGUACAACUGCGUAGGAAAUCUGAUCUAGAAACAAGCGAACCAAAGCCUUUUCUCUACUAUCCAGAAAUCAAAGAUAAAGAAGAAGUGCAAAGGAAACGACAGAAGCUCAUGCCGAACUUCUCUGAUGGCUAUGGCGGAGGCAGUGGCACUGGAGGUGGCGGCAUGUAUGGAGGGGCAGGUGGCAGUGCUGGCUCUGGGUUCAGUUUUCCUUCAUAUGGAUACUCUGCUUUUGGAGGGAUGCAUUUCCCUGGCACAACAAAGUCCAGUGCUGGCAUGAAACAUGGUCUAUCAAAUUGCACAGCUGAACAAGACAGAAAGAGCUGUGAUAAACAAAAUGACCAAUGGGACAUGAAAUGUGACAUGAAGGCGGAAGCCAUGGAGAGGACUGAGUGCAGAACGUCUGCUGUUAAUGAGAAAAAGGAGGAUUCUGUUUUUUCCUGUAAAACAGAAGCAAGCAAAGCAGAUUGCAGGUGGCGGGAUGCUCUGUUCCUGGAGAAGGCCAUGCAGCUUGCCAGGCGCCACUGCAACGCUCUCUUCGAUUAUGCCGUAACUGGAGACGUGAAGAUGCUGUUGGCAGCUCAGCGCCAUCUCACAGCUGUCCAGGAUGAUAAUGGGGACAAUGUCCUUCAUUUAGCAAUUAUCCACCUUCAUAGAGAUCUGGUGAAAAACCUCCUGGAAGUGAUGCCCGAUUUGAAUUACAAUGACAUCAUUAACAUGAGAAAUGACCUCUAUCAGACCCCCCUGCACUUGGCAGUAAUCACAAAGCAGGCAAAGGUGGUGGAAGACUUGCUGAAGGCUGGAGCAGAUGUCAGCCUUCUGGAUCGCCACGGCAAUUCUGUCUUACAUUUAGCUGCUACUGAAGGAGAUGACAAGAUUUUGAGUCUACUCCUCAGGCAUGAGAACGUAUCUCCCAUGGUCAACCUCCCCAAUGCUGAAGGUCUCAGUGCAAUUCACAUGGUGGUGAUGGCAAAUAGCAUGUCCUGCCUGAAACAGCUGAUUGCUGCUGGAAUUAAUGUCAAUGCUCAGGAACAAAAAUCUGGACGAACUGCACUGCACUUGGCUGUUGAACAAGAGAACAUCCCCUUAGCAGGCUGCCUUUUGCUUGAGGGUGAUGCAGAUGUGGACAGCACUACAUAUGAUGGGACAACUCCUCUUCACAUAGCAGCUGGAAGGGGCUCAACAAAAUUGGCAGCAGUUCUCAAAGCAGCAGGUGCAAAUCCUCACAUUGAGAACUUUGAGCCAUUGUUUGACUUAGAUUAUGUGAAAGAGGAUGAAGAUGAUGAUGAAGGGAUUGUGCCUGGAACAACACCACUGGAUAUGGCAGCCAACUCUGAGGUGUAUGACAUAUUAAAUGGCAAACCCUACGAGUCAGCAGAGGUUUUGGAGGACUUACUCACACAAGGACAUUUGAGAGAGCUGAAUGAGAAUUCCAAGAUGCAGCUUUACAAACUAUUGGAAUUACCUGAUCCAACCAAAAACUGGUCCACCCUAGCACAAAAACUGGGUCUUGGCAUACUUAAUAAUGCCUUCAGGUUGAGCCCUUCCCCAUCGAAGACUCUGCUGGAUAACUAUGAGGUGUCUGGUGGUACAGUUCAAGAACUGAUCACUGCUUUGAGACAGAUGGAUCACACAGAAGCCAUAGCAAUAAUUCAGGAAGCACUGUCCAUCUCACGCAGACCAUCUCCCCGGGAAGACAGCACAGCAAAAGCUCUUCCAUCAUCAUCACCGCUCACCUUUGCAAAUGGAGAGACAGGUGAGCUCUGUAAUAGCAGAUUCCAAGACCUCGAAAGUACCUGUGACAGUGGUGUGGAGACCUCCUUCCGCAAGCUGAGCUUCACUUCCUCAGACUCUCUGACCAGCAAGUCCUCACUAACACUUGGCAAAAUGGCCCUGGGCUAUGGACAUGAAAGUUCAGGGCAAAGCAAUUACAUAGCUGACUAGUGAUCUUCAAUUAGCAAUAUGCAGUUACAGGAACAAAUGGGACAUUUCAAAUUACAUCAGUGUCGUCCUG